UGCCGUGCCGUGCCGUGCCGUGCGGCGCGGGGCAGCAUGGCGGGCGGCGGGUUCGGGUACUACCGCGCGGUGAUCUUCGCCGCCAUGUUCGGCGGGUACACGCUGUACUACUUCAACCGCAAGACGUUCUCCUUCGUCAUGCCGGCCGUCAUGGCCGAGGUGCCGCUGGGCAAGGACGAGCUGGGUCUCAUCACGAGCAGCCAGUCCGCGGCUUACGCUGUCAGUAAGUUCGUGAGCGGCGUCCUCUCCGAUCGGAUGAGCGCCCGCUGGCUCUUCUCCUCCGGGCUCCUGAUGGUGGGCCUGGUCAACGUGGCCUUCUCCUGGAGCUCCUCCGUGGCGGCCUUCGCCGGGCUCUGGUUCCUGAACGGCUUGGCGCAGGGACUGGGGUGGCCGCCCUGCGGGAAGGUGCUGCGAAAGUGGUUUGAGCCUUCCCAGUUUGGGACUUGGUGGGCAAUCCUGUCUACAAGCAUGAACUUGGCUGGGGGCUUAGGCCCCAUUGUUGCUGCUCUCGUGGCUCUGAAGUACGAUUGGCGUGUGACUUUGUCCUUCUCUGGCUUCAUCUGCGUGGUUGUCUCUUUUGUUUGCCUUGUCCUGAUAAAAAAUGAGCCGUCGGAUGUUGGGCUACCCAACAUUGAACAAGGAACCAAGAAAGGGAAGAAAGGAUUUUCCAGUGACAAUAGCACUCUGACAGAACUAUUGCUUUCGCCAUACCUCUGGGUGCUCUCAACAGGCUACCUGGUUGUUUUUGGAGUGAAAACAUGCUGUACAGACUGGGGACAGCUCUUCCUCAUUCAAGAGAGGGGACAGUCUGUGCUUGUGGGUAGUUCCUACAUGAGUGCCUUGGAGAUUGGGGGUCUGGUGGGCAGCAUUGCUGCUGGAUACCUUUCUGACAGAGCAGUAGCAAGAGUAGGUCUGUCAAACUAUGGGAAUCCUCGGCAUGUGCUGCUGCUUUCCAUGAUGGCAGGAAUGUGUGUUUCGAUGUAUCUAUUCCGGGUCACAGUCACAGGCAAUUCUCCCAAGGAAAAUAACAUCUGGACUGUAGCCUUGCAACCUCUAGCUGAUCUUACAGGCCUAAAAGAACAUGAGCUGUGGAUACUGACUCUCGGAGCUGUCUUUGGGUUUUCUUCAUAUGGACCCAUCGCCCUUUUUGGAGUUAUAGCCAAUGAAAGCGCCCCAAACAACUUGUGUGGUACCUCCCAUGCCAUUGUGGCUCUCAUGGCCAAUGUUGGGGGAUUUCUGGCUGGACUACCGUUCAGUACGAUUGCUAAGCACUACAGCUGGGCCACAGCCUUCUGGGUAGCUGAAAUCACCUGUACUGGUAGCACAGUGGCCUUCUUCUUACUGCGAAACAUCCGCACCAAGAUGGGUCGGAUUCCCAAGAAGGCUGACUGAAGCUAAGCUGCUUGGCCAAAAGGAUGCCCCUACAUUGACAUGAAUGAUGCAUGUUUUAUUAACUGGCCUAAGAGCGCAUUACCUAUUGCUGCAACCUAGAUAAACAUGUCUCAAUUUCUCAUUCACUGUCAUGUGCCUGAAGGCACAAAGUUCCUGGUACCAAUUACUUUUUUCCUAGAAAUGUGAUAAUUCAGUUAGCUUACAUUUGCACAUAUCUUACCCUACCUCCUUUUCACAGCACCAUUCAUGAAAUAAGCAGGUUUCGCAGCCUGAGCUACUAAACUGGAAGUACUGUAGGAUGACUGGCUUCAGGUGCUGCUGUCACAUUCAGUUUCAUCUCCCUGUUGGACUUAACUGGCAAUUCAGCCUCGCUGCAGGGCCCUGAACUGACCCUUUGCUAUUUUCAUUCAGCCCUUCUAGUUCCUCUAAGCACAGCUGUCUUAGUUUAUUUAGGUGCGAGCUCCCUGCUAUCUCUCUGCCCUGGAACAAUGGCACAUCAGUGAAUAACAAUUACUGGAGUGUUGCUUUGUAGCUGAUGGAGAGCAGCAUCCUGUUAGCUUUACCCUAGAUUAGCUGGUACAAGCGAGGGUGGUGUUUUGCUCUGCAUGAGCUGUAGAUCACUGCCUGUGCUGCUGUGAGGUGGCUCUCUGCAGCACUAUGAAAUAGGCAAGCUUCCCAGAAAUUCUUGGCACUUCAGGGUAAAGCAUUUAGCUAGAGGAGCACCUUCUGUUGACUGCUCCUGCGCAGUGUCAUAUGCAUGUACAGUGUUAAUGAUUUGCAGGGUAGGCAGCGGCUGCCAAGUCAGCUUGCAGAAAGCAGUCUGCAGAUCAACCAGGAAAACUGACCCAGCAGCAGGUACUGCAGUAGCAACUACCACAGGCCCACAUCUGCAGGUGGGUUUCAUAACCUGGUAUUUCUAGCACCAGCUUGCAUUUCUCAGUAAGAGACCUAUAGUCUGGGAUGUCUGCGGUCAAAAGCUGGAUCUCUCAUGGCUACGGGUAGCAGUUUGGGCUAUCUCUGAGAGAAGACCUUAGCAAAGCUACUGCUGACUGUAAGCAAGUCAAACCCAGCUCUCUUUGCAAUAAGUAGCCUCGGGUUUUAACCAGGAUUUUGAUGAAUAUUCUUGCAUUUCUCCAGAAGGAUUUACUGGUUUAGGGUCCCAGAAGAAGGAAGUUCAACACAUGAACCUCUACACAGGUACUUUGGUGAACAGAUUAGAUACAAGAGUAGAUAGCCCUAAUGAAGAUAAUGGAAGUAAAUUACACUUUGUACUUAAUUGUAAGAUCUACCAUCUGUGAAAUAAAAAUGAAGCAGUAUCAGAA